CCUUUUCGAUCUCACACAAAGAGAGAGAGAGAGAGAGAGAGAGAGAGAGAGAGAUUUUCUCGGCAAUGGCGUCGCCGCCGUGCGGGUGGCCGUGGAGCCCGAUCCGCUCGUCGCCGACGAAGUCGUCGUGCCAUUGCUCGUCCCAGCCACCCCGGCGGCAUCUCGUCGCAUGCUCUUUGCGCGACCCUCCCCGUCCUCCUCCUUCCAGCUCUUCAAAUGCGGCUCGAUCAGGUCCUCCAAAGCGCGAGGCCGAGAGACUAGCCGCGUCGCGCUCGCGGCCGAAGCAGCCCGAUGAGAAGAGCCAGCGCCGCCAUGCCUCCGCUCCGGACGCCUCUCGGGGGCCGCGAUCUCUGAUCUCCGAGUCGCCGCCGGGGAAGCGGCCUCCGCGGCGGAGGAUGCUGUUCGCUUCGAAGAAGGUCCGGAGCAUCGUGCUGCUCAACGUCGUGGCCUUCAUUUACGCGAGUAACAUUCCAGUUGUGAAGGAGGUCGAAUCAGUCACAGAUCCUGCAGUUUUUAAUGUUGUCAGAUUUGCUGUUUCAGCGAUUCCAUUUGUCCCCAUGGUGAUUCGAUCAUGGGAUGAUGUACAGACACGCAAUGCAGGAAUAGAGUUGGGGAUUUGGGUUAGUCUAGGAUAUCUUAUGCAAGCACUUGGUCUACUCACAUCCGAUGCUGGUCGUGCGACAUUUCUGUCUAUGCUAACUAUUAUUGUGGUUCCAUUGCUCGAUGGUAUGCUAGGAGCAAUAAUUCCCACUCGCACAUGGUUUGGAGCUUUUUUGUCUGUUAUUGGUGUUGCAAUGCUGGAAUCAAGUGGAUCGCCUCCAUGUGUCGGAGAUCUAUUAAACUUCUUGAGUGCUGUAUUCUUUGGGAUCCAUAUGUUAAGAACCGAGCGCAUUUCCAGAGCGACGGAUAAAAGGAACUUCCUACCUCUGCUUGGACAUGAGGUAUGUGUGAUUGCUAUUUCAUCAUCAUUGUGGUACUUGAUUGGAGGCUGGGUUGGUGGCAUCCAAGAAUUUGAUGCAUCGUCUUGGACUUGGCCAACGAUUUGGGAGUCUGUGGUUCAGUUUCCAUGGAUACCAGCACUUUACACAGGCAUAUUCUCAACUGGUUUGUGCUUAUGGGUAGAGAUUACUGCUAUGUGUGAUGUAUCUGCCACUGAAACUGCUAUAAUUUAUGGGUUGGAACCAGUUUGGGGCGCAGGUUUUGCAUGGUUACUCCUUGGGGAAAGGUGGGGCAUCACUGGCUGGAUUGGCGCUGCACUAGUACUGGCUGGAAGCUUAACUGUGCAAAUAUGUGGCUCUUCACCUCCAUAUGAAUUGGAAGAUGAUGAGGAAAUGAGUAAGAAUGUGCUGGUUUCACAUGAACAAAGCGGCUUAUCCUCUUCCCCAGUUGUUGUCAGUUCCAAGAAGGAUAUUCCGGACUUGUUCAAGAAGUAAGAAGAGGUAUCUUGAUGUUUCUUGGUUGAAGAAUUUCGUGACAUCCUUUUAUUGCAGAAUAUCAAUCUUAAUGAGUCCUGCUGACGGAUGGUUGGCAGUGGUUCUUCUGGGUUCUGCCUUUGUGUAUGAAUUUAUAGGUUGUUAUGUGUACGUGUAUAUCUGUAUAUAUGAGGAGACAUUAGGGAAGAAGAACAUAGAUAAAUGCGUAGGUGCUGCCAUCCCUUUAUUUUAUUCUGAGGAUGGUCAUAUAACAAUGUAUAUUGGAUAGUAAAGAUCUAUAGUCAUGAUAAAGAGGAUAGAGAAUGAUCUGCCUCUUGGCUCUGGACAUUGCAUAUUUCACAAUGGGGGAAAAUAAACACAGAAAAUUGACCCAUUUGGGAAAUAAAA